AAAAGCCUCCGUCGGUGAGAGGGUCGCUCGAUGCUCGUCUGACUGCUGGAUGUAACAUCUGAUGGAGAAAACAAGCCCACACUCUCGAGGUCUUCUUUUGGAGAGCUGCACAAUGCAACGGAGCCAGUAACUCACAUGCCACUCACUGUCCAGAACAGCGACGCUGAUUAAACCCUGUUGCCCUGUUACUGUAAAAUGUGGGCGUGAAGAGGAGGACAGUCAUAAGAGCGCGAGGUCUCGGGGUGGAUAACUUCAACUUUAUACAGGGUAUCAACUCACUGCAGUAUAGAAGCUCUUCAAGCCGUAGCUAUGGUGAACAGUCAGGUUACAGGCGGCGCGUGCGCGUCCAGGUCGUGCGCGGGCUGUGGGGGUCACAUCGCUGACCGUUUCCUGCUCUUCUCCAUGGAACGCUACUGGCACACGCGCUGCCUCAAGUGCUCGUGCUGUCAGGCUCAGCUGGGAGAGAUCGGGACCACCUGCUACAGCAAAGGAGGCAUGAUCCUCUGCAGAACAGACUACAUCAGGUUGUUUGGGCACACGGGGGCUUGCAGUGCAUGUGGUCAGUCCAUUCCCGCCAGUGAAAUGGUCAUGCGGGCACAGGGCAAUGUCUACCACCUCAAGUGCUUCUCCUGUGCAACGUGCAGAAACCAGUUGGUCCCCGGUGACCGAUUCCAUUAUGUGAACGGCACCCUAUUUUGCGAGCACGACCGGCCAGGAGCCUCACUCCUUAAUACUCACCUGCAGAGCAACCCGGUGCUACCGGACCAGAAAGUUUGCUGAGGGACUCCCCGUCUUCUUCGCCCCUUCUUCUUCCUCUCUCUCUGCUUACCCUCCAGUGUCCUUCUCCUCACAGCUCUUCACUGACAUCCUCCAGACACUCCUCCUUUAAUGCACUUAUGUUUUUACAGCCUAAAUUCUUAGGCUUAAAUGAAAAAGGUUCUUUGAGAGGGAGAACGGGUUUGGGCUGAGAGCGAUGGAAACAUUUCUUUAUAUCUGACUUCAUAUAAAACUGUGGUGGAUUUCUUGCCCCCUGAAAACAGAAGUGACUUCUAUUUUCUCACAGGAUAUCCUGCCUCUCUCACAUCUAACCUCAGAGAGAGGGCUUCAGCUGAAAGCAAUGUGUGCUUUUUUGAGUCAAGAUGAAACUGUUCACAACCCGUUUUUGUCCAUAAUCUGACACAUAGCCGUGUGAAAAACUGUAAAACUGGAUUUUGCCCACAAAAUUGCACCAAGCAGUAAAUGUGACUCACUUUAACACCAGGAAAGUGCAUCAAUAAAGUAAACGGGGUCGGUUUUGAUUUCAUGUUGACUAACGUCAAAAACAGAAUAUCUUCGUACAUCUUUUGGACAUUGUUCAGGGUGUAGAAUUGUAAAUAUGUUUUAUACCAGUACUCUCUGUAACGGUUGAAUUAUCUGCUCAACAUGUGUCUAUUUAAGGUGUAAUUAUCCAAUAAAUGGGAAAUCCUACAAAACCCAGCUG